GAUACUCUUCUUUCCUGCUGACUGCAACUCCCACCACUGAACGUCAGUCCAAUACUCUACCACGCAAACACACCAAAAUGUGACCAAGAAUCCAUGUGAAGCAGAUCUCGUAUACCCGGCUUUCAGGUCUCUGAUGGCCUCCAAUACCGUCCCUGAUGAUGCAGUUCACGCAGACCAAUCGACAUCCAGUCUUCUUUUCUCCGGCCAGACACUCUGGUUUGCCCACACCGUCCCCCAACGGAGCUAUCUCAUUCAUAAUGCCAAACUCAAUGGCGCCACCGUCGUCGACCUCGACAAACAAGCAGAUAUCAGGCUGGUUGACCAUGUCAGGAAGGGUAACCCCUCUGGUACAUAUUCCUAUCGCUACGUCGAACGCUCCAUUCAAAACGGCAAAUUAGAAUCCCUUGAAGACCAUGCCAUUGGCAUGAGCACCAAAACUUCUAGACCAGUCGGCAGCACAAUAAUUCCUGCGAAAUCCAGCAGGAAACCCUUCACUAAUGAAGAUGACCAGCUGUUAUGGGACUGGAUCAAACCAUUUCAAGACAGGGGUGGCGCAUGGAAGGGCAACGAGAUCUACAGAACGCUCGAGUCUCAUUACCCUCACCACACCUACCAGAGUUGGCGAGAUCGUUGGAUCAAGACAACCCAAUUUCAAACCAGACAGAUUUCAGCCGCGGUGCCUGAUAUACCAUCAUUGCCCAAACCUCCCACUCGAGCCGCAGUUCCAUCUCAAUCCAUUCCAUCGAAGAGGCCAUAUCAUGUGCCCAUUUCUCACAAUAAUCCCUUCCAGACAGCAGCCUCCCAAGCGCCAUCAUCAAGUAGACCGCUUGCACAACUUGCCACCCAAGUUCACGAGACACAUGGCCAUGACAAAGAUCUCUAUCGAGCGACAGCCAAAGUCUUGAGCCCUCCAACCCCUACCCAAGACGCAAGCCAACGUUCCUCGCCUGGUCUUGACACCGUAGCAUGUAGCAACUGCUAUACCAAAGAUUCAGACAAAUGGCAGAUGAACAAGCGGGGCGAGCUAUUGUGUCAUGACUGCGCAGUCUUCUUGCGCAUUCAUAAAGUUCCUCGACCUUCGACUGCUGCCUUCUUUCAAGAAGCGGCCGACGUUCAAGUAGCGAAAUCUAACCACCCUGCUGAUUCCUCAAAGCUCGAUGUUGCUGCCUCUCCUGCACGUCAAAGUGUUGAGCAUCCAAUCGUUUCAUCUACCCCAAAUGCCACCUCAAUUUCUAGUCCCUCCCAAAGAGGUCAUAUUGAGCAAAGGUCUCCCUCCUUUCGACCAGAAUCCCCAACCUCCGAUCGACGACCCCAAACUAACGAGGGAAGAAAGAGAAGUGUUGGUCGCCUUUCUCAAUCCCAGUUGCCUUCUCAAGAAUCCAGCAAUGCUGGCGAGGGUCUUGAGCCUGAAAAUGCUCUUGAACAGAAGCUAGACCAUUUGGACAAAUGGAUGUCAUUGAAGAAACCCCUGGAGAAACCUAGCGAAUCUGCCCAGGCUCCCACGCAAGACACAGCCUCUUCAGCAUCAUCCAAGGGUAAAGGGCCUGCGCGCAGACCGCGCGACGAGCCUGGGCAGCAACCAUCCAUCAGUCCCCCAGAGAAGCCCAAUCAGGCUUUUUCCUUCCCUGCAUCCGUUGAUGGUGCCGGUGCCCGUCGCAGCCCUGAACCACUCUUCUCAUCAAAUUUCCCCUCCCGAGCGGCAAGGAAAACAGUCCCUCGAUCUUCAAUUAGGCCAGUCAAGAGUCAAUCGCGUGCAAGUGUCGACGAGUCUGAUGAAAACUCUCAAGUUUUACCAUACUCUGGAUCUGGGCCUACAAAGACAACAAGUACCCCGAAAGGCAAUGAUUCCAGCCUCCAUCACAAUGAAGCCUCGUUGUCGUCAUCGUCAUCGUCAUCCUCUAAGUCAACCUCUCAUCGAAAGUCAGAACUGUUCGAGACAGGACCCGAGACGGCAAAUGAGUAUGAAACGGCAACAGAGGGAGAAGCGGAGGAGGUACAACAAACUCGCCAACGCGGACAUCGGAGGUUGUCGACUCAAGCGCUGUUUGAUCCCCCUAUUAGUAGCGACGAGGAUGUCCUCCUGGGACUAGACAUCCCUGAGCCGGAAGGUGGUUGGGCAUCCAUCCUCGGCGAUGGUUUCGCUUUGGAAGAAGACCAAGCGACGGAUAUGGACACGGAGAAGGAGAAUAAGCCUCCGCGUAAACGGAUCAAGCAUAGAGGGAAACGGAAGGAGGUUGUCAACGAUCGGGGCGACGACCAUCUCAUGGCUGACGAUGCCCUUGGACACGACAACAACAGGGCCGAUUCAACUGUGUCAAAUCACCUCCCACUACCAGAGUCAAUCAUCGAGAUUUAUUCCGAUACCGACGACCAGCUCCUCCCCAAAACCACUUCCCCCCCACCAAAACCCCAGUUAUCGACGUGGCUGGCUGAGCAAAAAGCCCUGUAUGCCGACAUACCAUCCCUUUCCCUUUCACCCAUUCUCUUCAAAGCCAUUGAAUCUACAUCCUUCGACUUCUCGCUAGCCACCACUGUCGUCGCAGAUAUGCUCAGCACAAUCCAUCGCUCCAAACGCGCCACCUUGGCUGUCGAUGUCGACAUUCCAUUACCCAAGAAUCUCGCGGGUGUGUGGACCCCCGAGGACGAUGAUAUGUUGAUGAGCACUCAGACGCGUGACACGGCUCUCGUUAUGGCGAAGCAUGGAAGACAGAAUUGUAACCUGAGGUUUGAGUUCUUGAAUGAGUUGUCGGAGGACACGUGAGGGAGAUACGCUGUUGGAUUGUAGAUGAAUCGAGAGGAGGAAAAGCCACGUCUCUGUCAAAGGAUAACAACAGGAGGGUGAGAGGAUCCACGAGUGAGAAAGCUUUUAACGUAUGGCCAUGGAAAGGCAUGAAUGCAAUGCCUUGGGCAAUCAAUUUGUAGUGCGCUGGUUGGAGUGUAG